AUGAGUGAUCGCCUAUGUGGAUGCCAUGCGGUUACUGGAGCCGGCAUUGUGACAAGCCUACAGCUUGUUUUGCUGGUUCUGUCCCUGGCGUCGACCGGUAUGGUUCUGGCACGAUAUCGACUGUGGGAAACUUAUGAAACCCGUGGAGCUAUAAACGCCACGGAACUGGCAGCAGCACUGGCAGAGGGAAAUACCCUUAAAACGACGUCGGGCAUUUGGUCGAGGUCCAUCCUUGAGCUGGUAAUGGCAUGGUACGUGGCGUUUGGUACGUUCUGGCUAUUCUCCAUAUUCAUACUCGCACUGUCUUUCAAGUACUAUCGACCAGUCUUUGUACUACCAAACUUCACCGCUCUAGUACUUGGAUGUUUUAUGAAUCUGCUGGGCUUCGGUGAGACCUCCUUCGACAUUAUUUGCAACAGUCAUGUCUAA